AUGUCGUGGAUUCUGAAGAAGAUCGUUCACAAUGAGGCGAUGAGAACCGAUCCCAAGGAGAUCUAUGGGUGGAGAGUGUACGCAUUGGCGUGUUCGGCAUGCUGUGGAGGAAUGCUUUUUGGAAUGGACUCGGGUAUCAUCGGUGGUGUCCUAACGAUGGAUCCAUUCAAAGCCACAUAUGGACUGGAAGGUCUGGGUCCAGUUGGUCAAGCAAAUCUGUCGGCCAACAUCGUCUCCACCCUCCAGGCUGGAUGUUUCUUCGGUGCCCUGGUAGCCUCCCCAUGCGCCGAUAAAUGGGGCAGAAAGAAAGCGCUCAUUGGAGCUGCCGUGGUUGGUAUCAUUGGUGUUAUUAUGCAGACCGCCGCGAGUGGUCAUCUCGAGGCCAUGUACAUUGGACGCCUGGUCACUGGAUUCGGAGUCGGAUCCGCAUCGAUGAUUAACCCGCUCUACGUCUCUGAGAACGCACCUCGAGCAAUCCGAGGUGGUCUAACCGGUCUAUACCAACUCUUCAUCACUAUGGGAAUCAUGCUCGCCUUCUGGAUCAACUACGGAGCCGUCCAGCACAUGACCGGAAGCACACAGUAUCUCGUCCCACUAGCCAUGCAAGGCCUCCCCGCUGUCCUCCUCUUCUUUGGAAUGCUUCUCUGCGAUGAGUCUCCCCGUUGGCUCGCCAAGCAAGAUAGAUGGGAAGAGGCCCGCGCAACCCUCUGCAAGGUCCGCAACCUGCCCGCAGAUCAUCCGUACCUGGAAGAAGAGUUCCAAGCCAUUGCUCUGCAGUUGGAGCAGGAGCGUGCUCUCAUUGCUGGCUCUGGAUUCUGGGACAUCAUGAAGGAGAUGUGGUUUAUUCCCGGGAAUCGGAAGCGCGCGAUUAUCUCCAUCGUUUUGAUGAUUUGCCAGCAGAUGACCGGUACUAAUGCGAUCAAUUACUAUAGCCCGCAAAUCUUCAAGAAUCUAGGAAUAGUCGGCACGGCAACCAACCUCUUCGCAACCGGUGUUUACGGCAUCGUGAAAAUGGUCAGCUGCGGCGUAUUCCUCAUCUUCGUCGCCGACUCCCUCGGUCGCCGCCGCUCACUCCUCUGGACAUCCAUCGCGCAAGGCCUAGCAAUGCUCUACAUCGGCUUGUACAUCCGCAUCGCCCCGCCCGUCGAAGGCGCCCCCGUAAUUCCGGCCGGCUACGUUGCGCUCGUGUGUAUAUUCCUUUUCGCUGCGUUUUUCCAAUUCGGCUGGGGUCCUGUUUGCUGGAUCUAUGUUUCUGAGAUCCCGACGGCGAGGUUGCGGUCGUUGAAUGUUGCGUUUGGGGCGGCGACGCAGUGGCUGUUUAACUUUGUUGUUGCGAGGGCUGUGCCUAAUAUGCUAGCUACGGUUGGUUCGAAUGGAUAUGGAACAUACAUUAUCUUCUCCUGCUUUUGCUUCUCGAUGUUCAUAUUUGUCUGGUUCUUCAUCCCGGAGACGAAGGGCUUGUCUCUCGAGAAAAUGGAUGAGCUUUUUGGCGUCACGCAGCUUGUCCAGCAGAAGACUGCUGAUCCUGAGCUCGCCGGAUACGGUGAUAGAACUGUGAGUAUUGAUCAAGGAGAUAAGGCUCUUGAGGCGAAUGACCAGCCGACCCAGGCUCAUCGUGAGCAUGCGAUGUAG